AUGAGGUUUUUUACCGCAGCCACUGCGCUCUGCGGGCUAUUGCUUCCCAGCAGCUUAGUAUGCGCCGAAUCCACAAGUACGACGCGAGUCGCUCUGCCUCAGGAUUUCAAGCCCCCUCAGGUGUUUAGACAUGCCAACUUGGUCCGGAACACCAAUCUGGAGAAAGGAUAUGUCCGGGAAACCGUAAAUGUUGUGGUUGAGAACGUGAGCGAGAAGCCGCAAAGCGACUACUACCUGUCGUUCCCAUCCGACGUCUAUGACAAGAUCGGAGGAUUGGAAGUGAGACAUAGCAAGGCUGCGUCGAAGGAAAAGUAUGAGGUGGAAGCCACAGAAGUCGACUUGUCGAGAGAUAACCAAUACUUUAUCGUUCACCUUUCCAAGCCACUCGAACCCUCGUCGCAGGUCACCCUCGGAGUGUCCUAUUCUAUCCUCUCGUCUCUCAGCCCGCGCCCUGCUACCAUCGGCCAGGCGGAUAAGCAGUUCCUUGAGUACUCUUUCUCUGCCUAUGUCCCCUCGGCCUACACAACGGUUACACAGAAGACCAAGCUGAAGUUCCCAUCUACCAAUGUUCCCGACUACACCAAGACCUCCGGCAUCAAAUCUGGCUCGGGCUCCGACCCCGAGCGCCAGGGCACAACUUACACAUAUGGUCCCUAUGACACAGCCAAGGUUACUCCUGGAACCAAGUACCCGAUUACUGUUCGCUAUGAAUUCACCAAACCCGUUCUUACUGCGCAUUUGCUGGAGCGAGACCUGGAGGUUUCCCACUGGGGUGGUAACCUGGCCACGGAAGAACGGUAUUGGUUGCGCAACAAUGGUUCCCAGCUCAGCAAACAAUUCUCCCGCGUGGAGUGGACGAUUACCAGCUACUCGCAAAUGCCAUCCUCUGCGCUCCGUGAUCUCAAGUACCCGCUCAAGCCUGGCUCAGUGGAUCCCUACUUCAUCGAUGAUGUCGGCAAUGUUUCUACCAGCCGUUUCCGCCCCGGUAAGGCCAACCGGGAUGGACACCUAGAGCUUCGCCCUCGGUACCCUAUCUUUGGUGGUUGGAACUACAGCUUCCGCAUUGGCUGGAACAACGACCUCGCCUCUUUCUUGCGCCGAACAGUGACUGGCGCUGACUCUUACGUUCUGAAGGUGCCUUUCAUCGAGGGACCCAAGAUCCCUGAGGGAAUUCAGUACGAGAAUGUCGUUGUCCGCGUCGUCCUUCCCGAAGGUGCCAAGAAUGUCAGAUUCGAGACCAUCGAUGGAGCAUCCAGCAAUGGACUUCCUGGCCUUAGCCAGAUCCAGUCCCACGUGUCUAACCACAAGACCUUCAUGGACACUCUGGGCCGGACGACCUUGACCCUCACGGUGGAGAAUCUCUCUGACGAAGCUCGUGAUUCUCAAUUAGUGAUUACCUAUGACUAUACCCUCUGGGAUGCUCUGCGUAAGCCCUUCACCAUCACCGCAGGACUGUUGACUCUUUUCGCUUCCAUCUGGGCUAUUGGAAGCAUUGAUGUGAGUAUCAAGAAGCGGUAA